AAUGUGUUUUAAGCCCUUUCUCCUCCCUGGCGUCAUACCUAAGAGAGGAGAGCGGCUUGAUUUCCUGGCGUGGCGCCGGCGAUAGAUCCACUGCUCCUCGAUCGAUUGUCGAAGAUUUCGGAGCUCCACAGCAGAGUUGGAGGGAAUGGCUGCGAUUCAGGAGCCGCUGGUAACCAGGGAUGCUGCUGGUCUGGAAAAGAUCAUCCUCAAGGAGCCUUUGGGAGCCUCGGCGGAGGUUUAUCUCUACGGGGGACAGGUUGUUUCGUGGAAGAAUGAUCGUGGCGAGGAGCUCUUGUUUCUCAGCAGCAAGACGUCUUUCAAGCCUCCCAAGCCAAUUCGAGGUGGCAUACCAAUUUGCUUCCCGCAGUUCGCGAAUGUUGGAGCGCUCGAGAAGCAUGGAUUUGCGAGGAACAGGCUGUGGUCCAUCGAGACUGACGCUCCUCCCAUCCUGUCAAGCACUAACGCAAGUGGAAGCAAUAGCAGCCGAGGGAGCACUGUCGAUCUCAUCCUCAAGCCUGCGGAAGACGACCUCAAGAUGUGGACACACAAGUACGUCGAAAACAUUUUUUUUCACUGCUGCGAGUUCUAUAUUUUUCUUUCUUUCUCCAGUUUUGAGCUGCGGAUGCGUCUUACUCUCAAGCGAGGCGGCGAUCUUGCGCAAACCAUUCGCGUGAGGAACACUGAUACCAAGCCUUUCACCUUUACGUUCGCUCUGCACACGUACUUCUCGGUGUCAGAUAUCAGUGAGGUUCGCAUUGAAGGCCUGGAGACACUCGACUUUCUGGACAACUUGCAAGACAGGGAGCGCUUCACCGAGCAGGGAGACUCGAUCACUUUCGAUGGAGAGGUGGAUCGCGUGUAUGUCAGCACACCGACGAAGAUCGCCAUUGUUGAUCACGAAAAAAAGCGGACGAUAGUGGUGAAAAAGGAAGGCCUCCCAGACGCAGUCGUGUGGAAUCCAUGGGACAAGAAAGCCAAAGCCAUGGCAGACUUUGGAGACGACGAGUAUUUACACAUGGUGUGCGUGGAGCCAGCAGUGAUCGAGACGCCAAUCACUUUGAAGCCGGGCGAGGAAUGGAAAGGCCGCCAGGAGAUUUCAGUGGUUCCUUCCAGCUACUGCAGUGGUCAGCUUGAUCCGGGCCAAGUCGUGCGCGGCUAGUCGCCACGAAGACAACCACGACGACUACGAAUGCAAGGGAGGUUUUUACACAAGUUCGUUUCGGUUCGUUCCUACAUUCUUUUGCGGCUUUUGUCUGGAGUUACGGUGAUUUUGUGGUCAUAGGAAAAGAGCGGGGAGGUGACGAUGUAACAACAACACUACUUAGGGGGAGGGAGGGGGCAUCCAUCUUUUUGCUUACACCAGGUCUCUUACUAUUAGCGUUCUUCGUCGUUUUUUUUCUUCCCUUUACAUAUUUUGAGGACAAUGUAUAUGAGGAGGCCCCUUCGAUGUCGAUGAAAAGCUUCUAAAAAAUGUACUUACAAAGUAUGUGUGUAUGUGAGGUACAUAGUUGGACGAAAAGGGGUGGUGUUUAUAUUAUAUUGGCUUUCGUCGUCCUUGUAGUCCUCUUUUCAGUGUACGAACACCACGUAACGAGAAAAAUUUGUGUGUCU